AUGGAUGUUCCGAGUGAGUUAUUCAUAGCGUUAUUAUUUUAUGCUAAGAACUACACCUCUCCAGCUGAGAUUGUCGCUUUGCUUUUUCUCAUUUUCGGCUCUUUUAUGGUGCUUGAGCUUCAGAUGCAACACGAUGGUGCCGCGUCAUCGUUGCACGGUUCUUAUGUAUUCUCGGGUGCACUACAAUCAGCAUCCAGUGCAGCAAAGGGACCAACAGGGAUUCUGAUAGCUCUUGCGAUCGUAAUACUUGUUGUUGGUUUCGUCGUAGUACGCAAGCGAAGAGCUGCUUCGUCUGCUCGAGGCCCUGAAAAGUUUGAUAAGAAGGUAUUCAGUGUGAAGGAAAGUAUAGAUUUGAGACAAUCACUUCGAGGUAUCAUGGAAUAA